AUGCUGCAAAUUUAUUCGGUCUUCACCAUUUUGGUCUGCUGCUUGGUCGGCGGGUACCUCGUGGCUGCCCAAACCGUUGAAGAAGAUUGCGUCGCGAUUUUUUCGGAUGCUAAUCGUCGUGAUGAGCUCAACGAGUGCUUCAUCAAACGUGUCAGCCAGAAUCUCAUCCGAGAUGGCAUCGUCAGAUCGGAGAAGGCCGCUCAGCGCAUCCUGCACACCUCCCGGUCGCAGCGGCGCAAGUGGAUGUGCAAGUACCCCGACGCGCUGAAGCCGUGCACGUGCGGCCCGGAGUUGUUGGACGGCUUCGAGAUGGAGGGCGUCUGCAAGCCGGAGUACGAUGGACCAUUUAUGCCACUUGGCCGCCCGCUCGGCGACGUCCUCGAGUGCGAGCAGCAGCUCAAGUCGAAGUCUCGCACCCAGGAGAUCAACCGCUGCGUGGAGAACUACGUGGUGACGCUCGUCGCCUCGCAGGACAAGAUCUCGGAGGAGAACGCCCGGGAGCUGUUCCAGAAUAAUCCGUCGUCGCGUUUUGACUGGAUGUGCAGGUACAAGGAGCGCAUCGAAAACGCGUGUAAGUGCUCGGCGGCGAUGAUCGAGCGCGUCGACCACGCCUACUGCCACAACCGGAAGUUGACCAUGGAUACCAUCGACAUCCGCAACUGCAUCGAAAAUCCGGACCCGCUGGUCCGGGCUCGCGACUGUGAGUGGAUGUACCCGGUGCCGAAGACGAACGCUAGCUGCAGUGACCAUUUGAAGCCGAUCCAGUGCAAGAAGCUCGUGUUCGAGCAGUGCAAGCCCGGCCGCGGAGCCGCCUACGUGAACUUGGCUCUGAAGGGGAGCGACAUCGGCCGCCCAACGGAUGCGAUGUGGCACGCGUGCGAAGGUCACCUUGAUGAGCUUCACGACGUUAUCUUCCUCUCGCGCUCACCUCGAGCCCGCUCCUACCCUCCGUCGGAGUGCGACUUCAAGUGCCCGGUGCAUGGCAUGAUCCCGCCCUACGACUGCUUCAUCCACAAGUCGCUGCGCCGUUGGGCCAAGAACGACACGUUCGAGAUGGACUUCUUGCACACGGCCGGCGCCAUCGAUGUGCGCCUGGCUGGCGCGUUGGCUGUUUGCAACCGCGAGCCGAACGACACUGCGCAGCUGCUGACGUGCGGCAACUGCUCGAUGCGCUACCUGGAGACGUUCGAGGAGGCGAUGUGCGGCUUUGGGCUGCCCAGUGCUGAUGUGUCUGCCAUCGCCAAAUGCGCUGUUUCGGAUCGUCGCGCCGCGCAGCGGGCCUAUGAUAAGUGCAUGCUGCCGACCGACACCUGCAUUGAUGCUGUCAUGAAAAUCGCCUGCAUCCGCGACAACCUGUUGAAGACGUGCUCGGCGGCGGAGCACAACAAUUUCCUCGACGCCUGGGACCAUAUUUGGGAGCAGAUCUACUCGGCCGUCGACCACCCGCUGCCCCGCAUCUUUGACAUCAACACCACCGACUGUCUCGAGCUGGCCAAAAAGCGACUUGCAGCUAAUGCCACGACGAUUCAGGGACUCCCGGAGGAAUUGCCCGUCAACCACAUGCCGCUGUUCGGCGACGACCAGGACCCCUACCACGAGGAGGAGGCCUCGGCCCCGAUAUUCUUCAUGGCUAUCGUCGUCCAAGUCUUCCAAGUCGUCCAAGUCUUCCAAGUCUACGAAGCGCCGCUCAAAGCGUCAAGCCAAAUCGACGUCGUCGAAGCGCCGUGCCGCCUCGUCGAAGCGCCAGAAGCGCGCCUCCAAAACCAAGAGCUCGUCGCGCCGCGCCAAGCGCUCCGCCUCGCGCUCGUCGGCCAACCGCUCGUCGAGCCGGUCCCGCGCCUCGAGCCGUUCGACCCGCUCGACGCGUCGCGCCUAGUGGCCCGAAAGGUGGGAUUGGAGCGUGAGCAGGUUGAGGUUGAGGAGCUGGAGCCGGAGGAGCAGGUGGAGAUGGAGGCGGCGGUCGAGGCACAGGGAGAGGAGCUGGAGGAGGGCGAGGAGCUGCGGGAGCAGGAGCAGGACGAGGAGCCGGGCGAGGAACUGGAGGUGGACGAGGAGCUGCCGGAGCCGGUGCAGGACGAGGAGCGGGACGAGGUGCCGGACGAGGCACCGGUCGCGGUUCCGGCGGCAAUACCGGCUGAAAGCCGCCCCCCGGCCGUCGUUGGUAAG